AAAUACCAAAGCCGUAGUAGUGCCCUAAAGUGGUGUACUCGCAUUCUUUGGCAGUUCCCCGAUUCCCCUCUUGAAAGCAACUAGGGCUUUGGCUUCGCCUAUUGCGUUUCAGGCAUUCAUUUCUGAAGAUGUCUCGUGUGUAUGUGGGGAAUUUGGAUCCUCGAGUCAGUGAGCGAGAACUUGAAGAUGAAUUUCGUGUGUUUGGAGUUAUCCGCAGUGUUUGGGUUGCAAGAAGGCCCCCGGGUUAUGCCUUUGUUGAUUUUGAUGACAAAAGGGAUGCGCAAGAUGCAAUUCGUGAACUAGAUGAAGUUUCUGAUACUAGUAGUUUCCUUACUAUUCUUGUAACAGGAAAGAAUGGGUGGCGAGUAGAACUUUCUCACAACUCUAGAGGUGGAGGUGGAGGUGGCGGUGUCAGUGGUGGUCGUGGAGGUGGUCGCGGUCGCUCUGCUGGUUCUGAUUUGAAGUGUUAUGAGUGUGGGGAGGCUGGGCAUUUUGCCCGCGAGUGCCGAUCGGGUGUUGGAUCUGGAAGGCGUCGUAGUCGCAGCCCUCCUCCUAGGUAUCGAAGGAGCCCAAGUUAUGGUCGAAGGAGCUACAGUCCUCGUGGCAGAUCCCCCAGGCGUCACAGUUUGUCACCCCGUGGUCGUGGUCGUAGCUAUAGCAGGUCACCACCUUAUCGUGGACGUGAGAAGUUGCCACUUGAUAAUGGAAAUGGGCUUAAGGAAAGACACAGAAGCAGAAGCUGA